AUGGCAAACGAAGAUGUAAUUGGAAGGUUUUCGAGCUGUCGAGGUGUGGCUUUCGAGAUCAAACCUCAUGCAGAUCCAUUUGCAAUCCCACCUCCCACCAUAGCUCCAACCCGAGGAUUAGGAAGCAAAAAGAUUUGGCUUCCCUGGGGAAGCUUUUCUACAGUAGGCCCUUCUGGAAGUAGUAUACAGAGGUCUAUGAGCCGGGCUAGUAGCCAUUUUUGUGAUCUCGACCUGGACGAGAAUGAAGAUGAUGAUACUUUGGCGGACAUAGAAGAAGGAGUUGGACACGAAGAUGAUGAAUUGCCUCUUCCACUUCCAAAAGCUAAAAGCCAACACGUUCAGCCACCAAAGCCUACUAAACCAAAAGACUCAAGAGUAUCAGUUAUUCUGCUUGAUCAAGGCCUGUUCACAGUCUACAAGAGACUCUUUGUCGUCUGUUUGGCUCUGAACAUCACCGGUUUGGUUCUUGCUGCCACCGGACAUUUCCCAUAUGCAAGGCGCAGAGCCGCCCUUUUCUCCAUUGGAAACAUUUUGGCAUUGACACUAUGUCGGUGUGAGGCUUUCUUGCGAGUUGUAUUCUGGCUUGCAGUGAACCUCUUGGGGUGGUCAUGGGUGCCCCUCCGCCUCAAGACCGCCAUCACCUCCCUCCUGCAAUCCCUUGGUGGGAUACAUAGUGGUUGUGGCGUCUCCUCAAUUGCAUGGUUGACAUAUGCUUUAGUCCUCACUUUAAAGGAUAGAAAUAACACUUCUCCAGAGAUCAUUGGUGUUUCCUCAACCAUUCUCUCACUUCUCUUCCUUUCUUCUUUGGCCGCCUUCCCUCUUGUCCGCCAUAUCCAUCACAACGUAUUCGAGAGGACUCAUCGGUUUGCCGGAUGGUCAGCUCUUCUCCUCCUUUGGGCCUUCAUCAUCCUCACAAUUUCUUAUGAUCCCAAAACCAAAUCCUACAGCAAUGACCUUGGGUCAAGGUUGAUAAAGCAGCAAGAAUUCUGGCUCACAGUGGCCAUUACUAUGACUAUAAUUAUCCCAUGGAUGACUGUAAGACGUGUGCCUGUUAAAGUAUCUGCCCCUUCAGGCCAUGCCUCCAUUAUCAAGUUUGAAGGAGGAGUGAAAAGUGGCAUAUUGGGUAGAAUUAGCCCAUCACCCUUAUCCGAAUGGCAUGCCUUUGGGAUCAUUUCUGAUGGGAAAAAACAACACAUGAUGCUUGCUGGUGCAGUUGGUGACUUCACCAAAUCCUUGGUGUCGAACCCACCGAGCCAUUUAUGGGUGAGGCAGGUGCACUUUGCUGGUCUGCCUUACCUGGUGAACAUGUAUGAUAGGGUUUUGGUGGUGGCAACAGGGUCAGGUAUAUGUGUUUUUCUCUCUUUCCUCUUGCAGCCAUGUUCGGCAGAUGUUUGCGUGCUAUGGGUAGCCAAAGGAAUUGAACAAAACUUUGGAAAGGAGAUUAAAGAGAUGAUGAGUGGGCAUCCGAAAGAUAAGGUGAUUGUCCAUGACACGGCGGUGCUUGGUCGGCCAAACGUUUCGAAAAUGAGCAUCGAUGCAGCUAGAAAUUGGGGAGCGGAGGUUGUCAUUGUGACCAGUAAUCCGGAAGGGAGCCGGGAUGUGGUUGAUGCAUGCAAGGCUCAAGGCAUUCCUGCCUUUGAUGUUUGCGUGCUAUGGGUAGCCAAAGGAAUUGAACAAAACUUUGGAAAGGAGAUUAAAGAGAUGAUGAGUGGGCAUCCGAAAGAUAAGGUGAUUGUCCAUGACACGGCGGUGCUUGGUCGGCCAAACGUUUCGAAAAUGAGCAUCGAUGCAGCUAGAAAUUGGGGAGCGGAGGUUGUCAUUGUGACCAGUAAUCCGGAAGGGAGCCGGGAUGUGGUUGAUGCAUGCAAGGCUCAAGGCAUUCCUGCCUUUGGUCCCAUAUGGGACUCUUAA